UUCCCAUUCUGCGGUCGCUGAAAGUCGCUGCAAGAGGUGCCAUCGAGUCACGGAGCUGUCUAUCAACUGUCACCCCACUCCGUCGCUCGCGACCUUGGACAUCUCCAGCGAACACCCAAACGACGACUCGCCAGAACAACUUAAAUACAUUUCUCCGACAAGAUGUCCAACAACGUCCAGGACUCAUGGGAGGACGAUCCGGCUGCUCAGGAUGAGAACCUGGCCCGCCAGGCCCAGCAGCAAAUGAACAUUGGCGCUCAGCAGGGUCAGGGAGGCUUCCGUGCCGGUGCCGCUUCUUUCCAGCCCACGGCUCAAACCUUUCAACCGGGCCAAGGCCAAGGAUUUGGCGGGGGUGGGGGUUAUGGGCAGUAUCAGCAACCGUACUACGGCGGCCAAGGGUACUACCCGCAAUACGGCGGCCAGCAAGGUUUCGGCCAAUAUGGUCAACAACAGCAGCAACAGGGCUACGGCGGCGUCUACGGACAGGGCCAGCAGCCUGGAUACAACCAGCAGCAACAGCAAUACGGUCAGUGGCAGGGCUACCAGCAGCAGCCCCAGCAAAGCCAACCGCAACAGCAAGCUCCGAAGCCGACGCCCACCAUUGUGAAGCGGCCGACCGAUACGCCUGCCGCAGGGGGUGCGCCAAAGCCGACCCUUGCGAAAGAAGGUGGCGCGAAGGUUCUAAGCAUUGGCGGCGAUGCACCGAAGCCUAAGGCUAAGGUCCUAUCCAUCGGCGCGGUCGCCCCUGCUAAGGAGGAGCCUAAGAAGGACGAGACCAAGAAGGAGGGGGCCAAGAAGGAGGGCACGGUCGAGGCUGCUGCCAAAGUCACGGCGGCUAAGGCGAUCGACAAGGCGGAUUCCAAGGCGGCCAGCGGCAAGACUUCACCCACGCCAUCUUCGGGGCGAUCCAGCCCAUCUCGUGGGGCGGGCGCUAAGGCCGCCCGUGACGCUGACGCCGUCGAGAAGGAGCAAACCGCCGACGUGGACGAGGAUACACUCAAGGAGAUUUACGGCAAGGAGCAUGUCAACAUCAUCUUUAUUGGCCACGUCGACGCCGGCAAGAGUACACUUGGCGGUUCCAUCCUGUACGCCACGGGCAUGGUGGACCAGCGGACGCUGGACAAGUACAAGAGGGAGGCCAAGGACAUGGGGCGUGAGACGUGGUAUCUCUCGUGGGCUCUGGAUUCAACCAACGAGGAGCGCGCCAAGGGCAAGACGGUCGAGGUUGGCCGUGGCUUCUUCGAGACGGAGAAGCGGAAGUACAGCAUUCUCGACGCACCUGGCCACAAGACCUACGUGCCUCACAUGAUCGGCGGUGCCUCGCAGGCCGAUGUCGGUAUCCUCGUCAUCAGUGCGCGGAAGGGCGAGUACGAGACGGGAUUCGAGAAGGGCGGCCAAACCCGUGAGCAUGCUAUGCUGGCCAAGACUCAGGGAGUGAACAAGCUGGUGGUGGUCAUCAACAAGAUGGACGACCCGACGGUCAACUGGUCCCACGAGCGUUACACGGAGUGCACAAGCAAGCUGCAGCAAUUCUUGAAGGGCACGGGAUACAACGUCAAGACGGACGUCUUCUUCAUGCCCAUUGCGGCGCAGCAGACCAUAGGCAUCAAGGACCGUGUGCCCAAGGACAAGUGCCCGUGGUAUGACGGCCCAUCGCUUCUCGAGUACCUCGAUGGUAUGCAGGCCCUGGAGCGCAAGGUCAACGCGCCGUUCAUGAUGGCAGUUGCCAGCAAGUACCGCGAUAUGGGCACCAUGAUCGAAGGCAAGAUUGAGGCGGGUGUGGUCAAGAAGGGCAUGAGCGUGAUCAUGAUGCCCAACAAGCAGACAGUCGACAUUGCUGCUGCUUAUGGCGAGACUGAAGAUGAAGUGGCCAUUGCUCAAUGUGGUGACCAGGUGCGCCUUCGUCUCCGUGGCAUUGAGGAAGAAGAGAUCACCCCUGGUUUCGUCCUUUGCUCGCCUAAGCGUCUGGUCAACAACGUGUCCAAGUUCGAGGCGCAGAUCCGGAUCCUGGACCUGAAGAGCAUUCUCAGUGCCGGCUUUAACUGUGUGCUGCACGUACACGCCGCCAUCGAGGAGGUCACAUUUGCUUCGCUGCUCCACAAGCUCCAGAAGGGCACCAACAGGAAGAGCAAGGUCCCUCCAUCGCACGCCAAGAGGGGCGACAGCAUCAUUGCCGUUCUCCAGGUGACGGGCGGUGCCGGGUCUGUGUGCGUGGAGAGGUUCGAGGACUACCCCCAGAUGGGUCGUUUCACCCUGCGUGACCAGGGUCAAACUAUUGCUAUUGGCAAGAUCACUAAGCUCAUCACCGAUGCUUAAAGGAUGUUUAGGUUGGAAUAGCAUUUAGCAUGAAGAAAUCUGAAGUUGGUUGAUAGAUUUACCAGGUGUUGAUUUCCACACAAUGUUUUACUUUUCUAUUUCCCGUUCGAAUGGUUUUGCGUAGUGCUUCCGGGAAGUUGUUGGUGUCAACUUCAGAGGAAUGGAUGCAAUCCGCCCCAGCACCCGACACUGGGUAGAAAGACGGAAUCACUUUGUGCCUUCCCUGUGAAGUUUUGUGAAAGGGUACAUUCCGUGGUCUCCAUAACCCCGCAGGCUCUUCAAAUCAGGGAAGUUCCUUCCGGAACAGACCGUUAUAGAAUUAUCUACUUUGC